CAACUCGUGAAGUUUGCCGUCACACACGACCCAAGAGUGCCGACUACCAACCGGGAUAUUUCUAGUCCGGCUCUCCCCGCGACUUAGUACCUGACCGCGUGUGCACGGUGCAUCUCGUCGCGACGCUCGGCCGGGUGUUUCCGAUAUAUACACUUCGCUGCUCGUUGCGUGUAACGUCGCGUCGCGCGGUGGGUCUCUAUUUUACCAAAUCGUGCGUCGUCCGAUAUUGUGACGGAUGUGACAGGCCGGAAACAUGGCCGACAGGAAUAUCGUAAAGCCGAGGAGAAAACGGCUGGACGACCUUUCUAAGUCAAGGUCGGAGAGGUCGGAGAGACCAAAGGAACCGGCCAGGCCGCCGCGAAUGAGGACGCAGGCCGUCCAUGCCACAAAUACGCACAAUUCCAAUCACGGAAAUGCCGCGCAACGCGAUGCCUUUGGGGAAGUGCAGAGCAAAUCGACCGAGAAGGCCCCGAUGACGACUCUCGACGAGAACGUGAACCGCGUACCAGGACAACGUAAGACAAUGGAAAAUAUGGAAUAUUUAAAAAAAAACGAACGGAUAGAAAGGAUCGCGCCAAUGAACGUGCAAAUGGAGGAAGAGGACGUGUCAGAGGACGAUGGGCAGCCUGUCCAAGUGGUACUUGCCCAUCCAGAUCAUACCUUCGAAUUAGAUGAAGAUGCAUUGUCUAAAAUUCUCUUACAUGACGACGUGAAAGAUAGAAGUGUGGUUGUCGUGUCUGUUGCAGGUGCCUUUAGGAAAGGCAAAAGUUUCCUCCUUGACUUUUUUCUUCGUUACAUGAACAACAAGUACACGUUACACAGCGACACGGACAAUUGGUUGGGCGCCGAGGAUGAGCCGUUGGGCGGUUUCUCGUGGAGAGGCGGUUCCGAAAGGGACACCACGGGUAUAUUGAUGUGGUCGAAGAUUUACCCCGCUACCUUGGCAAAUGGCGAGAAGAUCGCUGUAAUUCUUAUGGACACUCAAGGCGCCUUUGACAGCCAGUCGACCGUUCGGGACUGCGCGACGGUGUUCGCGUUAAGUACUAUGUUGUCCUCCGUGCAGAUAUACAAUCUCUCGCAAAACAUCCAAGAAGACGAUCUCCAGCAUCUGCAGCUAUUCACCGAGUACGGUAGACUGGCGCUGGAGAGCUCCGACAGUACGCCGUUCCAGAGAUUGCAGUUCUUAAUCAGGGAUUGGGUUUAUCCGUACGAAGCCGAAUAUGGCGCGGAUGGUGGACGAAAAUUGCUCAGUAAGAGACUGGAGAUCUCUGACAGACAGCACGCGGAAUUGCAAAGUCUGCGUAAGCACAUCAAGUCCUGCUUCUCGGAUAUAUCCUGUUUCCUUAUGCCGCAUCCCGGUCUCGAGAUCGCGACGAAUCCGAAAUUCGACGGUAGAUUGUCCGAAAUACAAAGCGAGUUCAAGAGGCAGCUGAAGGUGCUCAUACCGAUGAUACUGGCACCGGAAAACCUAGUAACGAAGAAGAUCAAUGGCCAAGUCGUGAAAGCGCGAGAUCUGUUGGAAUAUUUCAAGAGUUACAUAAAAAUCUAUAAAGGAGAUGAACUUCCUGAACCAAAAAGCAUGCUUGUGGCCACAGCAGAAGCAAACAACUUAACAGCUGUAGCCGAAGCUAAAGAUUUAUACCUUCAGAUGAUGGAAACUAUAUGCGGUGGAGCAAAACCAUUUUUGGCGACCGCACACCUAGAAUCGGAACAUCAUCAUUGUGUAGACUCGGCUCUUCGUCAGUUCCAGAAUAAACGAAAGAUGGGCGGAGAAGAGUUCAGUCAAAUAUAUAUGGAGAAAUUGAUUAAGGACAUGGACGAAUCUUUCUUACAAUUCAAGGCGCACAACGAGAGCAAAAAUAUUUUUAAAGCAGCGCGAACUCCUGCAGUGUUUUUCGCGAUCGCCGUCACUAUGUAUAUUUUAUCGGGAAUAUUUGGUCUUGUCGGUCUGUAUACGAUAGCGAAUGUGUGCAAUCUUAUUAUGGGUAUCGGCCUCCUCACACUUGUCCUCUGGGCAUAUAUAAGGUAUAGUGGUGAAUUCAGAGAAAUUGGCACGCAGAUAGACGAUUUAGCCAGUACUAUAUGGGAAAAUUGUACUAGUGAAAAACAAUAUUUGCGAAAGCUGAGUGUUAACAGGAGCAAAUAUCGAAAAGUUAAUGAAGCCAGUCUACCAACAAUUUGUGGAGAAGUCUGUAUCUGUAGCAGUGGCGCAGGCUGCUGAAAUGGCUACAAAUUCAACAUUGAACGCCACUGUCACUGCCAAUGGCAAACCUAAAUUAUUGUAAUAUUCAUUCCUAGAUUAACCGAAUUGUUAAAAUGGAUCGAAGCAUUGUAUCCUUAUGUUAACACCAAUAAGUGGCAUAUAACCAGACUUUAUAUAAUAAUUGUCUUCUGACGUACCGCCAUGAAUAGUUUUUUUCUUUGUUCAAAUCAAAUUAAAGAUUAUAACUUGAAUAUACUAAUUUGAAAUGACUAUACAUGAUAGUGAUUGAGAAUGUAUACACGAAAUAAUUAUAAAAGAGAUGAAAAUAUUGUGAUUGCUAGUAUAUCCUAUUUUCUUUUGAUAUUGUUAUAAAAAUAAAGUCUUAUUAAGUGGAAAAUAUUAUAUAGCUUGAUCUGAAAGUUUUAUCAUGGGGAUGUUAUUACCUAAAAUUAUAACAAACUACUAAUUAUCACAAGGAUAAAGAAAUGUGCAGUUGUUAAAAUGUUAAGAGAAAUUAGAAAAAUAAAUGUAUGCAAUAGCUUUUCCUUUUCCAUUAAAUAUGUGUAAUUUUUUUUCUUGUUGUAUCCAUUACAUCAAAGAUGCAUUUUGCAAUUAAUCUUCUUUUUUAUUUUUUACACAUAAGCAGGAUUUUGUUUUGUUUUUUCCUUUCUUAUCAAGAUUACAUGCCUGUUAUUUUAUUUUUUAUUUAUAUGCUUGGACUAACAAAGUUCAGAUUUUGUUUGUGCCAGAAACACUUGUACGUCAGUUACUGUACUGAACUAUUUUUUUAAUAAAAGAAAGAAUGUAUAUACCGCGCACGAUGUUACUGACAUUCUAUAUAUUUUGAAACAGCGAUAAAGAUACUUAGAUAAAAAUACUUACAAUUCAUUUACCACUAUGUAAAGGAGAUAUUCACACGCCAUAUUGCUGUAGUAUAUGAAAUACAAUAUCUCAAAUUUGUCCGAUAUUAUAUUGAUCUAAUUAAGUGUUUAAAAUAAGUCUACAUAUUAUAUUAUGCUAACACACUGUUAAUAACGCUCACAUUUGCGUCAUAAACAUAUGCUGGGCUUUAUUUCUUGUAUUACUCAUUGAAUAAAUCUAAAAGUUCUUUUAUCUAAAUAGUACUUUUUCAAAUUCUUAAAAGUUUGUGAUAUUACAUUUAUUUUUACCUAAGAAAUAAAAAAUAUAUCAAAAUCAAAUAUAAUAUCAAAUAAACUACAUAUAUAUUUUAUAAAUUGUCAACUUUUUCAUAUCGUAUAAACUUUGUUCAAUGAGUAAUCUCAAUAAUAAAAUCUGACAUAUGCAAAUAUUUAAAUUCGAUCUUCUUGCCAAGCGAUUAUUUUAUAUUUGAUCGAAUGUAUUUGAUAGAAUUAAGUAUUUAUCUUUUGGUUUAUAAUACCAGAAUUUUCUAACGAAAUUCAUUAACAAAUUAACAUUGAAUUAAGAUAAAUAAAGUAUUAAAUUCGUACGAAAAAUUUUAUCGUAAAGUACUAAUUAUUGCGGAUUAUUCAUUGUAACGUAUAGUUCGAAAAAUAUGCAUAUAUGUAUACAUGAUGUCACCAAGAAAGGAAAAGAUAUUUGGUGGUGGUUAUAGUAAUACAGUUUGGUCGAUCGAAAUAUUCAAUUUUUUGAAAUAUUUGUAUUAAAAAAAGCUAUAUAUCAAAAUCUCAUAUAUUUUUAUGUAAGAAACACUACUACUUCUUUACGAUAUUAAAAACUUAUUUCUAAGAAAUAUUAUUUUUU